AUGCGUAAUGCUCAUCGAAAAUCCACUCCUGAGCAUACAAAUAACUCCAGGAUUGAUGAGGCUUUGGCGGAGUUCUUCUUCGGUUGUAAUAUACCUUUUAACGUAGUGGAAUCAGAGUUCAAGAAAUUCAUCAAGCUUCUCAAUUCCUCAUAUUUAAUCCCAUCGAGAAAAAAGCUCUCGACCAAGUUACUUGAUCAAAUCCAUCAGAAAUUAAUUCAACAACUCGAAUACACCGAAGAGACAGAUGGUGUUUUACCCAUAGACGGCUGGAAAAAUUCCUUAGCCAACACCAAGAAUGUGGUUUGCACCAUCUAUACUAAAGAUAAAAGGAGCAUUUUUCUGAAUUCUUGGGAUUUUACAGAGCUUCGAGAAACUGGUGACCAGUUAGCCAAUGUCAUUGAUGAAGCCGUCUCCAUGUCAAAAGCCAGAUUUAAGAUGAAUAUUUAUGGAGUCGUAUCGGACAAUGCAUCGGCUAUGAUGCGUAUGGGUAAACUCGUGAGUGUUUGGCAUACCUGUCUUUCUCAUAGUGGUAAUUUAUGGUUGAAAUCUCUUGCAAAUCCUCACCUUGUUGAGUGUAUCAACAAGUUAUUGAGAGAAUUUAAAAAUCCUCGAGGGGAGAGGGAGUUGAAAAAACGUGGAGGAACGAGGAUCAUGCUCGCUUGUGAAACGAGGUGGUGUACCUACCGGGAUACGUUCUGUUGCUGUCUGAGAAAUCUUGACAUCUUGAGAGAAAUCGUGGAGGAAGGGGAGCUUACAUUGAAAGCGGAAAAUUUGGAACUUUUGAAGGACAUCACUCUCGAACAACGAUUACAAGAUUAUCUAACACUUUUUGAUCCAGUUUGUGAGUUGUUGAAUAAAUGCCAAAGGACAGAAACUCGACUUGCAGAAGGCACUGAGCUUUGGAUUACUCUGAAUAUAGCAACAGACAUUGAUUCAGUCGAUCAAACCCUGGAGAAUCGAUUGACGAAGCUUCUACAACCUAUUGCUCUGACAGCAAAUUAUGUACAUCCAGAAUAUCGAGGGAAACAAUUUGCUCACAUUCAGUCUUUCAACAGCGCAGUUCUCACGUUUUUACGUGAGGAAUUGGUUGGUGAAGAUCCUUGCGAAUGGAAAAGUUUGAGAGAAUAUGCAGAGGGAAAAGGAAUUUUCGAAAAAUUGUUUAGCAAAAAAAUAAAAUCCCCUGAAGCUUUUUGGUGUAUGGCAGAAGUCGACUAUCCAACGUUAUCUGGUUUGGCGAAGAAGUUAUCUAGCAUCCCGAGUUCUACGGCGCAGAUCGAACGAGUUUUUUCAAAUUGGGCAUUUAUUCAUUCAGAUCUUCGAAAUCGUCUAAGCGUUGAACGCUCUAUGAAGUCAGUUUCGAUCUUCUAUGCAUUCAAAAUGCGAGAUACUUCUUGGGAAAAAAUUGAUGAUUCGAUGUGGGAGGAAGAUUGA